AUGAUCGACUCAGUUGGUAGAAGAUGUCUAUUCAUCAUCAUGGCAAUCGGAAUGUGCACCGUGCUAGUUUGCGAAGCCAUCACCGUAGCCAUCGACAAAAAGCCCUCCGGCAUCGCAGCCGUAUUCUUCGUCUUCGCAUUCGAGGCCUCCCUCACGUGGGGCUGGAUGGCCACGGUCAGGGUGUAUCCCGCCGAGAUCCUUUCGCUGACAAUUGAUCCAAGGGCACGGCGCUAG